ACUCAACACACUUACCGACACUACCUUACCGGCAGCGCGUGAUGUGAAGAUGACCGCCAAUUUCCCCUUAACAUUCAAUCAGACGGUGCAAGGAAUCACUGAUUUUAUCGAGGUGGCCGUUCACACUAUUCUAUACGUACGCCAGAUAUAUCCGGCAGAUCUGUUCAUUCGUCGCAAGAAAUAUGACACGCCUGUCUUCCAAUCUCGCCAUCCAGCUCUCAAUGAAUACAUAUCUGGUGCUGUCAAAGCUGUGGGCGACGAACUGAGUCGCGGGAAUGUAGACAAAGUGGUCGUGGUCAUCAAGAACAAGGAGCAACAACCCCUCGAGAGGUUCAUCUUUGCUGUCGAAAGUAUGGUUGAUGUUGAAGGUUUUAAUAAGGACACAAGUAUCGAAAAUGCCAUGACGACCGGAAUGCUUGGGCAAUAUUUUAGGUCCUUCUUGGUCAAGCUUAACAUGGUGGAAUCGCAGCUCGGACAACUGGGCUUGGGUGAUAACGUUUCCUUCGCUAUUGUCAUGGAACUCAAGGACGACAAAGUCCCCUCGACCAUAACCAGUGGCGAACCCCCACCUUGGAUGCCUGCUGAAAUUCGGCACACCACGUACGGCGCAUCUAAAUCAGCCGAGCUCUCCAUGCUUCGGGCCGUCAACACCGGUGUUAUAAAUCUCUCUUUGGCGGUUCAAGAAUCGGAAGAGAAGUUGAACAAAGAGAAAGAACUUACGAGAUAAUUCUACGCCCCUUACUCAAUGUACUAAAGGAAAUUUUCAAGAUUAAAAUUAUCAACACAAU